ACUGUCAGAUGCUGUCAUUGUUUCCUGUCCCCGCCAUAAUUAUUGUUUUGUUAUUGUGGUAUAACACGAAAAUUCAUCUAUUCUUAUCUAGUGAAUCUUUAAUAUAUACUUAUUUACAGAAGGAAACUUUAGUUAGCCAUCAAUAAACAUGUCUAUCGGUGUGCCUAUUAAAGUAUUACACGAAGCAGAAGGACAUGUAGUGACCUGUGAAACAAACACCGGCGAAGUAUACCGCGGGAAGCUUAUAGAAGCCGAAGAUAAUAUGAACUGCCAAAUGACUCUGGUAACUGUAACGUAUCGAGAUGGCCGCGUCGCUCAGCUGGAAAAUGUGUACAUUAGAGGAUCAAAGAUUAGGUUCCUCAUAUUACCCGAUAUGUUAAAGAAUGCGCCUAUGUUCAAACGACAAGGCAACAAGCCGACCGCAGGACGGGGGAAAAGCGCUAUAUUGCGAGCACAAGCGGCAGGGCGGGGCCGGCCGGGCGGCCGCGGCGGGGGGCACCGAGGGGGCUGGCAAGGCGGCUCGGGGCCCUCGCGACGCUAGCCUACUUAGUACUGCAUUAUGUGUUGGAGUAUUUGGACAUACAGCCAUCUACUCAAAUACGUAUUUUCUUAAUUUAAGUACAGUCGGUGACAAAUAUAUGUUGUUCUGGAGCCUUCACAUUAUUAUAAUAUAUACUUACAUAUUUUCAUAGAUUACAUUUGUCAAGUAUGUAAGGCUUUGAAAGAUAUCUUUGUAAUUGACUGUGGGUAUUGUAAAUAAGUGCUGUGCUAGGAUGUCUGAGCCUUCUACAAAGAAACGUGCUUUGAGAUAAUUAUCGAUGUAUUAACCGAUCAUUUCAGACCACAAUUAUAAGCAUAUUAAACUCUCUCAUUACUGGAAUAUUACAAGUUAUUACUAAAGCAACUUGUACUAAGCUUAAUAAUUAAAUAAAAUAUAUCUUACCUGUAAUGUUUGAUUGACAAAUAUGCAAUGUAGUAAUGUACCUGAUACAGGUACAGUUGUAAUUAUUUAUUGAGGCUGAAAUGAUAAUCUUUGUUUUUAUGAUGAAAUAAUAUGUAAACAUAUUUGUAAGCUUAAAUGCUUGGUUAUUUUAUUUGUCCUACAUUCUGAAUAGAUGCUUUGCCAACUCGAAGUCAGAUCUAACUGAUACAUAGCGUAAAAGGGAAAUCAUUUCAUCCAUUCAGCCAUGAGUUUUGAUCUGCUCUAUUGUUGCUAAAUGGCAGUUUGUAAUAUUGAAAUAUGCCUAUUAUAUUUUUUCUUAAUGUUAAAAAAAUAUAAUAAGGAAUUCCAUUCUUCACUAAAUCAUAUUGUCCAUACAAUAUUUGUUUUUUCUUUUUAGUAGAAACACUAACCAUAUUGACUCACAUAUAUUUUUGUCAAGGAUUUUUGUGGUUUUUUUUACAUAAGUUAGUCUGUUUAUAAUUAAUUAAUUAUAUAUAUUUUUUUUAUAGUAAGAGAAUUUUUAGUUAUAUAAAUUCUCUCACACAACAGGAUACAUUCUUUGUCCUCUGUUUGCUAUAGGAUUAUAAUGGCUUCCCUUUUAUACUCUGUCAAUCAUUUUGUUGUCGUUCGGACACCCUAUAACCCUUUCAGACCUGAACGAUACGGGCGUGAGUUGUAACUUUAAAAAAUUCUAAAACCGCGCGCAAUUAAUUUUUACGCACGAAGCUGAAAUAACAUGAUAGUGAGAUUCUAAACCAGCCAAUAAGAAAUCGUUUUAGCGGUUAGGUGGUGCAGUAGUCUCGUGCGUGCCGGCAAGAUGGCUUGGCACCAAAACAUGAAAAUAUAUUUAAUGUGAAAGAAAAAAAAUCUUGGGUCUGAAAGGGAUAAGGCUCACCAUUGACGCCAGUACAGUUUAGUAUAGCUCGUCAGCACACGUGUGUAUUCCUAAGAGAUAAUUGUGAUAGAUGUGAAAGAUAUGUGUGUACGAAUUAAACGGAUUGACUAUAA